CCUCACCCUCCAAGCCAGCCAAGAAUUUGCGAACACCUGAAGCACAUGCACGCGCGCACACAAUCGCUAAAGAAAGACAAAAGAAGAAGAAAAAACAAUAGAGAGAACUUCACGGGAGAGCGGGAGCGAUAUACCCGACGUCCGAUGUUUCGACAACCCAACCGUUUGGAACUUUCUCCCUUUCUCCCCCCCACCUUCCUCUCUCUCCUCCGGCCAAGUCAACGGCACUGCACUGGUAUCGUGCCUAACUGUACGCCAGUCCGUGCGAGCUGCGUGAAGGGGGCCUUACGAGUACAAGCGGUGACCCAUAGCAGCCUCUCCUCCCUGAAUCUUUCUCAUACGGUACUGUACCGGUACUCGCACAAGUAGGGGAGGCGGACAUCGUUGCGAUGAUGAUGUCCACGAAUCAUUUCUCGCGCUCCGAGUGCUGUACUUGUACCGACUGACAAGCUCAAGCUGAGGAUCACCCGAACGGUAGUUGGGGGUGGGGCUAAACCAGAAAGCUACGAAAGACAAAACACCCCGCUGUAUGGGAGGUUCGCAGCGUUACCCCCGGGCACAGUGCUGGCUGAGUUGAAUAUGGCAAUGAAAUGUGGGGAGCGAGGGGGGGUGCGGGAUUGUUGAGACAUAUUUGUGUCCGUCUCGUAAAUCGCCGGGUAUUCUUUCCAACCGAGUCUGAAGAGUGGCUCCCAAUUACGAACGGAAUGGCUGCAAGUUGCCCUUCACCGUUUGUCCCUGGGAGCGAUUAUCCGGAGAGUGGAGGUGAUACAAAUGCUAGAAUUUGCCUACCGAUGAUCUCCGGCGGAGGAACGUGCUGCCUACCAUGCCCUAGACAACAAUGGGUAUACCCUGAUAAUUUCCAGCACUUAGUACGCUACUCUACAAACGUGAAUAUUGUGGGCGUAGGGUGUUGCGUUUUUAUGCUGCUUAGUUUCGCGAUAUUGCCGGUUGAAUGCACACACAGACACUACCUGAGCGUGUGUCUGGUGUUGGCUAUAAUGCUAAUGCAGGUAUCUUUCAUAAUACCUAUGGGGAGCUCAUCGACACAGUGCUUUGACAAGAUUACACCUCACGAUAUGUAUUCGAGCAUUAAUUGUGCUCUUUCCGGUGCCUUCUUAUUAGGUGGAGGAUGGUGUACAGUCAUGUGGGUUUUCCUGCGGACGUUAUCACUGCAUCUUCAAAUUUGUUGGCAAGUAAUUCCUGGACGCCGCUUCUUCCUCACUGCACAGGCCGCUGGAUGGUCGAUACCCGUGGUUUUCUUGGCUGUAGCGCUAUCCAUAACUGGGGUAUCGUUCCGGUUUGGUGAAUCAUGUCAUAUCAAUUCCAAGGCAGGGCUACAGACCUUCUGGGGACCGCUCUUAGCGGUGGCCGCGGCAUCUAUCGUCACUCAGUCAAUAACCUUUGGUUACUGCAUCCAGGUCUAUCUCCGCAGUUUAAUGGAAGAGAAAGAAGCAACAGAGCUACGAUCGCCGCUGCCAUAUGCGACGAGUGUCAGGACCGUGACCGCAGGACAGGCUUUCAAAAGGAUUCAGAGGGUCGUAGUGCUGCAGUGGAGGGGGAUAUUCGUGGUUGUUUUGAUUCUUGCAGACGUGGUAUUUUUUGCGACAGUUUUCUUGCAAUUUGAUGGGACUACGGAGAAGACGCCGGAGAAUGUGCAGGCAGGGUUCAAGUGGUUGAUGUGUUUGCUCCAGAAUGAAGGAGAUAAGGGGAAGUGUUUAGAGGUUGCGGCGGAACUUGUAAUACCUGAGGCGACUGCCCUAGCAGUGCUGUUCUUGUUAUCGUUUAAUGGAAUCUGGGCUCUCAUCCUACUUGGCAAUAUCUCCAUUUUCGUUGGCUGGUAUAACUUCUUUAAAAACAUCCUUGUUCGGAAGAAGCCAAAUGACGAGUUCGUCUCCUUCAACGCCAGACGCCCCCCCGACGAUCCAUCGUAUGAAAUGCUCGAUUCAGUAAAGUCCCCAUCGACACCUGGAUGCUUUCACCCAGCAGUCUUGAAACCCGGGCAGGAUACCAGCCUCUCACUUUCAAUGCCGAGGGAAUACAAUCCUAACACGUUCUCAGCACUACUCAGGGGCCGCGCAGACAGCGAUGCAUACAGCCACCCGCCAAGAUUAAGAUCUGAGAGCUCAUUUUCUUCACCACCCUACACACCAUUCAAAGACACUGAAGCAACUGGACGAACGCCCCCAGCGCCAUAUUCACCGUCCAAAGAGUUUGACUCGGCGGGCCGAAAUCCUUCCCUGAGCGGAGGCCAAUUUUCGCCGUAUCAAGAUCAUCGCGCGGAUUACAAGAGCGAAGCAUCAGAUUAUGUUUCCUCACAACCACCUCAAUAUCCUCCUGAUGCAAAGAUUGGAGUGGCUUCAUAGAGGCCCUCUAUUAGUUUUUUUCCAUUCUUUUUACAUAUUAAUUCGAUAAUUUGCGAUUUAGCGGAUGGGUUUGGUGUAUCAUUAGGUUUUUUUCUUCUUCAUAUUCUAGUGGCUGCAUGGGGGAUGGUGGUUCUUUUCAUGUUUCAUUCUCUUUGGGGGGUUGCUAACAGGCGCUAUCUCUUCUAUGUUUUGCUUUGCUUGAGCGGGGGCGAUCUGGUACAAUCAUUAUGGUAUGAAAUUGGCUCGCUGGUGGAAACCCGAACGAACUUGUCUAAACCAUUCUUUCCCCUUUCCUUUCUUUCUUACUGUGGCUUUUGUGGCCGUAUCCCCCCUUUUUUUUUGUAUAUAUUGGCGUAACGUGGGAUUUGUUAAUAGGGAGAUGAGCAAGAGAAUGGUUUCUUCCA